AUGGACCCGCCUCUUCGACAACCACUGAAAAUGGUUUGUUGCGAAUUAGGAAAGUCAGUUUAUCGAACUGUCAGCAUACACAACACAGCAACUACUCCCAUGUCCUAUGAAGUGUUUUAUGAUGAGCACAAUAUCAACAACUAUAAUUCUUUCGAUUGUCUUAUAUUUAAACCUGAAAAAGGAGUCAUUCAGCCGAAUGAAUAUCAAGUCAUAAUGAUAAAAUACUUUGCGUUGAGAGAUAAAUUUGUGGAUGCCAACAACUUACCUCCGGCCGGCAACAAACCCGUUCAUAAUUUUCAACAUCAGAAGAGAGCAAAAAGGCUGAAAUCUUUAUUUCUCGUAUUCAAUAAUGAUCUGAAAUAUAAACAAGAAAUCUGUAUUGACGCUUUUUUGGAAAUUCCUAGAAUUAACCUAAGAUCAUCUGGCUACCUUAUUUUCCGUCCUUCUCAAACAGGAUGCCAAAGUUUUGUCACUGAUAUCAUAACAAAUGUGGCAUGCGCACCAUUAUCAUUUAAAUGGAUGAUUCCAAAAGCAUUCAGGAAUUGUAUCAAAGUAGAUGCAUUAGAUUGGGUACUAAAUCCAUUUGAAUCGAAGGUUUUGAACUGGAGUUAUAAAACUGAAUUUUACGAAGAAAUUAUAAUUAAAAUCAAACUACGCAUAAUAUUGAUGGAAAAAUGUGCGUCUCAAACAUCUUCUCAGUCAGAAAUUGAUUGUAAAUUUGGCACAAAUCAAAAUUUUGGUGAAAAUAAUUUUGCCAGUGGUUGGGUCGAAAGAGGAAAAGAAGUCAUUCAGCAAGUGAUAUUGGUAGGUCAUGGCUCGCGAUCGUCUAUCAAAAGUCUGCAGGAUAAUAUAGAUCUCGGUCCUUUAAUAUUGAAGGAGUCUCACUGUCGCCGACUGCCUCCGAUCUACAACGACGGCGACUGCGAUCUGAACUAUGAGCUGCACGUCCAGCAGAUGUCAUCAACGGACAUGCGGACCGACUGGAAGUGUGAAUUGAACGAUGUUCAGUUAUGCAGCAACAUGGCGUGUGAUGGCGAAUCAGGUGUCGUUGUUUUCUUGUUAGCCUUAUAA